UCGAAUCAGUAUCAUUUUAAGUUCGAUUUGAGCAAGUGUUACGCGAUCGCAACUAACCAACCAACCCAACCCACCAACGCUGGUAGGCUGUUACGCUCUUCUGGUCGCAACUCUUGGUCAAAGACAGCAAAAAUAAGAAAAAGAAAAAUUGGCUAACACCACAAAAAGUCCAGAUCCGCAGAUCCAGAUGUUUAGUAUUUUAUGGUGUUCCUUAUUAAGAGAGAAUAUUGUGCUCACAACGUCUUGACCAAGUUGAGGAUCUGCAAUAAAGUGACAUAUUAGUGGUUUAGUGCAAAUGGAAGUGUUUUAUCUGUGUGUCUAUAAUUUGUGCGUAAAUCCCAAGUGAAAGAAUCACAAGAGUGUUUUUUGCGUUUCAACUGGAAAUUUCUCAUCCAAAAGGUGUAACAUCGUCAUCAUAUCAGCUUCUUUAUCCUCUGCGACAUCAUAAUCGCCAUCGUCCAGAGCCAUCCACCAGCAACACCUAUCAUCAAGAUCGUCAUUAACACCAUCGUUGUCACCGGCCAUCUCGUCUGUCCUCAUAUCGGGGAGCUAACAGAGAGUCACCUGGCUCGACUCGGCUUGGCUGCUGCUGAAGGUGCUGUGCUGGUGCUUAGAGCUGGCGAGCUGGCUCGUUAAUAGGGUAAUAAAAAGAGUUAAUGAGAGUUAUGAUGAUGGAGCGAUCGUAUGACAGUCAUAAAAAAAGAAUUCCAACGCCAGCCAAAUGGUUUGUUUAUCUAUUGCUAAUAUUUAUGCACUCCAUGUGGAUUGAUGGCAUAGAGGCGCGCCAACAUGAUGGACAAAUAAACGAAGCUGGCCCCCAUCACAGCAGAAGCAUUGGCCGGGGCUCCUCUUAUGAGACAUAUGCCCGCAACAACAAUAACAAAGUCAAUCAUCAGCGUCAUCAUCAUCACCACAAUAAAAACCGUCAUGGUGACUCGGGUGGAGGACAUCGCAAUGCUGUUGGUGCCAACAAUGAGGGGGGAAAUGGUCGUAAACGUGGACGCCACGGUCAUCGUAGGGAGCGCAGAAAAGAGGAUGGCAAUUUAAACUAUCAACCUGAUGAUAAUAUCUCGUUGUGGAUCAACGAACAGCAAUUGAAAAUCCUAACGGCUCUAUUCUUUCCUCAGGGCUAUGUACAGGGACCAGUGUAUGCCAUACACAAUGGCCAUGUGAUGAAUGACAUUAAAGAUGGAAGGAUUUACAAUUAUCUGAUAAUACCUCCCGAGGUGGAUCAUGUGAAUUUUACUUGGAAGGCAGGACAUAGGAAAUAUUUCUAUCAUUUCGAUUUGUUGGAGACCAUGGAUGAGCGCAUACUGAAGGCUCCCACGGUGUCUAUAAAGAUAAAGGGUCGUAUACCCAAGGAGGAGAAAAAUUUUAGUGUCUUCCUGCCUUGUGCUGGCAAUAAUUCCGGCACCGCCAUGUUCUAUGUAGGCCUGACCAUACACAAUCGCAGCAAUGAACCCUUACCGGGCACUCCAAUACGUUUGCAUUUCAAAAAGGAGUGUGCACAUAGAGGUGUGUAUGACAACCCCGACACAUCCAAUCCCACACAAAAAAACACCUCUCUCCAAGGUCCUGAUCCUCUGUGUCAUCUGAAGUGUGGCGAGCAUGGUUUCUGCAAUCAUCACAAUGUCUGCCAAUGUCAUUCCGGUUACAUUGGCCAGUAUUGUGAGAAGGCCUUUUGUUUUCCCCAAUGCAUGAAUGGCGGCAAUUGUACAGCGCCAUCGGUGUGUACAUGUCCCGAUGGUUAUCAAGGAACACAAUGCGAAGGUGGAAUUUGUUCGGAAAAAUGCUUGAACGGUGGUAAAUGUGUACAGAAGGACAAAUGCAAUUGUCGCAGAGGAUAUUAUGGAUUGCGUUGUGAAUAUUCAAAAUGCGAAAUAUCCUGCAUGCAUGGCGGCCGCUGUAUUGGCACAAACUUAUGCCGCUGUGCUGAGGGUCUUAGUGGCAAUCAUUGUGAAAUUGGCAAUCGUCAGCGAUCGACUUGUAAACGAAAAUGUAGACAUGGUGUUUGUAUGCCCAAUAAGACAUGUAAAUGUAAAGAAGGAUUCUAUGGAAGAUAUUGCAAUCAACGUGUAAAAAAACAUUAAGCCAUUCGAAGAUCCCAGAUGUUCGGUGUUUUAGUUAUAAGUCGAAAACAAUAGAGCUAUCAUAGUAUUUAAAUAUGAGAUUUUUCUUUUAAUCAGUCAUCGAGAUGAAAAGUUUGGCACAUUGUGUCCCUGAAAUUGCUACGAAUAAUGCUGCUCUAUUAAAUUGUAUUUUUUUGAUAAUCAUUUUUAAACAAAACAAAAUCUUGUGAUAAAUUAUUUUUUAUUUAAAAUAUAUAUCUUUAAUAACUUUAUCGUA